AUGGUUCUACCUUGCGCUCUCUGCGGCAGCAGUGAGAGAAACGAGGCGAUCUUGGGCGAGUUGGGUAUCCAUUCCGAGGUUGUGAUACACCGCAACUGUUUGGUCCUAUGUCUGGGAAAAUGGCUCCAGAAUAAAACUCCCCACUACCGUCUGUGGAAGUUCCUCACCAGAGACAUGUGGGUGGAGAAGCAUCACUUUAGGCUACUCAAGUGCGAGUACUGCAUUCGCGUGGGGGCCAACUUAUCCUGCUGCCACGUGGGAUGCAAACGCAACUUCCACACCAAGUGCGGCGUGGAAAACAUGGCUGUCUUGCAAUACGGCGGCAAGUUCGACACCUUCUGCGCAGAGCACGUGGCGGAGCCCCGUAGGCGUCCCGAACCAAAAGAUCAUUGCGUUAUAUGCCUUGGUGCGAUAGUGAACGCUGGUCAGUAUUUCAAGACGGCCCAGGCAUUUCAAGCGCCGUGCUGCCAGAACGGAUGGUUUCAUCGCACCUGCGUGCAGUACAUGUCCAUGGCGAGGAAGCGUUGUCUCAAGUGUCCUCUUUGCAGGAACAAAAAGAAAUUCGCUGAGGUGGCUUUGUUUGGGGUUUCCAUACCAAAGUGUGUUGGGCUAAUGCCCGGCUCCAUGCUGGCGUACCGCUACCCCUCGUCCUGCCAUGCCCACGCUCAGCCGGAGCGUGCCCGGCUCUCAACAGAGAACGGUGCUUGCAAUUGA